UCCAACGAGCGGCCAGCUGCCAUUCGGACGGCUCCUCAGACAGCGUGAGCCGACCGUCGUUAGCAGCGGUGCCUGCGAGAAUGACAGCUACGACGAGCGUGGCCUGCCUCACCGUCGCCGGUGUCCGUAACGUGUUGGCCCUGGUCCUGCUGCUCUUGCUACCACUGCAGUGUGUGCCGGGAACUCAGGCCUCUUCGCUUGACGACAUGGAGCUGGAUUACGCGCACAGCCAUUGCAGGAAGAUCGACCUUCCGCACAUCUACCGCAAGCCAGGCGAGCCCGUCUACUUCUCCAUGGAAGGCUCGUACGACCACUUCUACUACUGCAAGGAGCAGAGGGCCACGCGCGUCGACUGCACUCCCGAUCUCGUGGACCGGAUUUGCACGAAGCUCGCAGAAAAGAGAAUUGAAGAAUCCUUCUGAAAUAAGGAAUUUGGAUCCUGCGGGCUCUUCUUGAAGGUCUCUUUGCCAUGGAACCUUAAAACUGCGUCAUAGAAUAAAAGCCUCGCGACAACUCCCUA